AUGGCUCCUCUGAAGGGGCUAUCGGAUGCUCAUGCCAUUUUGCUUGCGACCAAUCUCUGUGCAAGUGGUAAUAUCACCGCCCUGCCAGCUCUACAAGCGCAAUACCCCCAUUGUUUUCCGUUAGAACGCCUGUUACGCAUCAUCUUGACCUUCCUCCCUGAGAGUACACAACCUUCCGACUACGUUCCAGUGCUCCAGGAUCUGGCUAGUGGCACUGAAACUACAUCCUCAACCCCAGAAAUCGAUCCAUCUACUGUCCAAGAUCUCUCCGAAUCGGCUGCGAGGAAGCGAGUGCGGAAGCUUCGUCUGCGACCCCUCAAGCGCGAGGACGAGGAAGAAGAGAUCGCCUCCUCUGACCCCUUGACCCAGUUCAUUAUUCACCGCGCGCAUCUUAUCGACUCCGAAACGGCCCUCCAACCACUCAUACUGAGCCUCCUCCUUCCCUUCUAUACACACAACGAAGCUAUUCGAACAUGGCUUGUCUCCAGUCUUCUACCGGCACUACGACUCAAUUACGAAUACUAUCCCAACCGGGAAGAAGCGCUAUCGCUAGAAACAUUGGAGUUGAUGGAUGAUCAGACCGCAGUCAACGUUCUUUUAUCCAUCACCGGCACCGAGAAUAACGACAUGGAUCUGAUCACCAAUUUAAGAGGGCUCGUCGGCCCUUGGCUCUAUGGGAGUAAUCGAUCGAAGAGGCGCAGACUGAAUGAAGCAGCCCAUCAAAAUACGGUCUCAUUUAUCCAAGGGACAUCCAAGCCGGAGACCGCAGAAUUCGCCGGAUGGGAAUAUGUGAAUGAAUGGCUACUGUCUCGUAGCUCUGUGGAUCACAACACUGUUGCCAACGCAUUUAUAAACUGGAACGGACCGGAAGACGUUGACAUGGGAGGGUUUGAAGGCCAGGAUGCAACCCUAGCAAUGGACAAAGCCAAGGACUUGCUGAACCGGUACGGACAGUCUGGCUUGGCCGUGGUGUAUGGUCAUAUGGACUCAUCCAAACCUGCCCUGGAGAGAUCUUUCAAGGUACUUGGACGCGUUGCAGAGCUCCUCAGCCUUGAAGAAUGCUCAUACUUGGAUGCGACCGAGCCCGCUCUUCCAUCUGUGGACUAUGAUGCAGAGUUGCUUUCCUCAUCAACUCGAGGUUCGCUCAUGCAGAACUCACUGCUCAAACGCGAUAACCCUUUGACCAAACCAUCCCCUUCGUCUAUUUCAUUUUUAAGCGCCCUGCUUCUUUCUCUUCGCAUACUGACCGGACUCGGCCAUAAUGUUCCUUGCCGAUCUGUGGCCAACCUUUGUCUCUUUAGCAGCGAGGAGCUACAAUUGUCAGAAUUAAGGAAUGUGGUGGGCUCUACUAUCGCGCAGACUCGGUCCAAACAGCAAUGGGAAGCCGUGCGAGAGCAGAUUCUCUGGCUACGGGACUGGCAAGCCGACCGAUCGGACAAUGGUUGGGAUGAGCCAUCAACUCACCUAGGCCUUUUCUGGAGAGUCCCCCGCGACACGGUUGAAACCGAGGUUCUCAAAGCAUUUCUCGGUGCUCAAGAAUAUCAACUCGCUGUUGAUCUUUAUACUCAAGCUGUUUCAUCACCGCUCAGCCCCACCCAAGUGGAAGAAGCGGUGGUAGAGGCCAUAUAUAGCGCUUACGAUAAUGCAAGCAAUGGCAAUCGAACGCGCGGUGGGAUGAAGAGAGCUUAUGAUAUCCUUCAAGCUUUCCAACCGCAUUUCCCAGAAUCGACAGCUUUCAAGCAUAUCGGUGCUUUGAUAGCCGCGACACACGCUCUGUCAUUCUACUCUCUGACUCUUCAGCACGGGGUCCCUUUUCAACCGGUCAGCAUUCGCGUCCACCGUGACCCGCUCUCUCUUGUCGAAAAGGUCCUCGAUCAAAACGCGAAAAGCUAUACCAAACUUGACGACCUGCUCUCAAUCGGUCGCAACCUUGUCUUCGCAGGCCUCCCAACAAGCGCUUCCCCAACCGAGAGUACAGACUCAAUCUCUUCAGAACCCCUCACAGGCGCAGACGCCCUCGUCACAUCCGAACGCCGCAUAACCUCCCUCGCCAUCUCAUCCGCCCUAACAUCCAAUGACUUCGGCACAGCCUACUCCUACAUCCUCACCCGGCUCACACCACCCAGCGCCCUAUCAACGGCCUCUCCACUCCUCACACCACCCACAAUCCCAGACGACAUAACCUGGCGCGCUGUCUACAAUGCAGGCCGCUACCGCCCCAGCAGCCCAACAACAUCUACAACCCUCCAAUCGCAAAUCACCCACCUCUCACAGCGAAUGGAACUUCUCUCUCUAGCUCUAGCCCUAUCUCCGACGCCAGACCCGCUGCCCGAAAUCCUCGGCGCCUGGCGUCGUUGUGACGAGGAAGUCUCCUCGCUGCGCGCACGCGAGCAGCAAGAAGAAGAUCUCUGGGACGCAAAGGGCGACAAUGCCCUCUCAACUGUACCAGGUGGAUUCGGUCCGACGGAUAGCGAACGCGAUGCCUUUGACACUGCGCAGCAGCGCGUAGCACGACGGGCGCGAGCACGCGCCGCAAUGCCACAUUCGCACCCGCAUGAGGCGCCGAUGGGUCUGUUUGAGGUUGCGAGGGGAGCGGCGAUGGCGCUACAUAAGAAUGCUUUCCCAUUGCGUGGAGCGGGCUCGGGCUCGGCUGCGGAUCCAAUUCAUGUUUCUGCGGAUGGCGAUCGGCCACUUUCCCCCGAGGAUGAGGGCGAGGGAAGAGUUAGGAAGAGGGAUAUGGUUAGUAAUAUGGUGACGGGAGGAUUGGCGAGUGGACUUGGGUGGGUUCUUGGUGCCGAACCUGUGAAUCGGUGA